AUGAGCCGCACCCCAGGAGACUGCGGGGUGCAGGGGGAGGCCCGGGGAGACGGGCACCCACUCUGUGCCCGGCUGGUGGAGCGGUCCCCCAGAGAGCCCGAGGCGGGGCCCAAUCCCGGCCAGGGCCCCAUCGUCACAUGCACGGCCUCGGGGCCGGCUCUGGCCUUCUGGCAGGCCGUGCUGGCGGGGGAUGCGGGCUCCGUCUCCCGCAUCCUCUCCUCGGGCGCGGGCCUGGCCCCGGACUCCGUCUUUGACACCAGCGACCCGGACCGAUGGAGGGACUUUCGCUUCAACAUCCGCGCUCUGAGACUCUGGUCCCUGACCUACGAGGAGGAGCUGACCACGCCGCUGCACGUGGCCGCCGGCCGGGGCCACACGGAGGUGCUACAGCUGCUGCUGAGGAGGCGGGCACAGCCGGACUGUGCGCCGGGGGGCCACACGGCCCUGCAUGAGGCCUGUGCCGCCGGCCACGCCCCCUGUGUCCACGCACUGCUGAUGGCGGGGGCGGACCCCAACCUCCCUGACCAGGACGGGAGACGGCCCUUGCACCUGUGCCGGGGGGCUGGCACCGUGGAGUGUGCGGAGAUGCUCUUGAGGUUCGGCGCGAGUGUGGACGGCCGGUCGGAGGAGGAGGAGACCCCUUUGCACGUGGCUGCCCUCCUGGGCCACGUGGAGCUGGCGGAGCUGCUCCUGCGCCGGGGUGCCCGACCCGACGCCCGCGAUGCCGAGGGCCGGACGCCGCUGCUGGCCGUGUGCGACGCCCGCUGGUCGGGCCCCGCCGAGGCCGAGGCCACCGUCAGCCGCUGCCUCCGGCUCUGCCAGCUGCUGCUCUCGGCGGGAGCCGACGCCGACGCCGCUGACCAGGACAAGCGGCGGCCCCUGCACCUGGCCUGUCGCCGGGGCCUCACGCCCGUGGUGGAGCUGCUCCUGUCACACGGCGUCAGCACCAACGCCAUGGACUACGGCGGCCACACGGCCCUGCACUGUGCUCUGCAGGGGCCCCCUGCCGCCCUGGCCCAGAGCCCCGAGCGCACCGUGCGGGCCCUGCUCAACCACGGCGCCGUGCGGGUCUGGCCGGGGGCCCUCCCCAAGGUGCUGGAGCGCUGGUGCUCGUCCCCGCGGACCAUCGAGGCCCUGAUGAACACCUACAGUACCGUGCGGCUGCCCGAGGAGGCCAAGGGGCUGGUGCCCCCCGAAACACUGCAGCGGCACCGGCGGUUCUACAGCUCCCUCUUCGCGCUGGUGCGGCAGCCGCGCUCCCUGAAGCACCUGAGCCGCUGCGCCCUGCGCGCCCACCUGGCCGGCCGCCUGCCCUCGGCCCUGCCCCGCCUUCCGCUGCCGCCUCCCCUGCUCCGCUACCUGCAGCUGGACUUCGAGGAUGUGCUGUACUAGGCGCGCACCGCGGGGACCCAGACUCCUGCCCC